AUGUUUCAGGAAGCUUUUAGAUUAACAUUAAACAAGUUUAAUAAGCAUAUUAUAGAGCAUUCAGCACUUAAACUAAAUUCCAAAUUUAAUGAACCAAAUAAUAUAUUAAUUAAUGAAUGGAGAAUAUAUUGUAACGAAAAUGAAAUUUUUGAAGAAAAUUUUGAUUUAGAAAAAUAUUGA